AUGGCGGCCGCCGUGCCGGCGCUCGUGCUCUGCUCCGUCCUCCUGCCCCUAGCCUUCCUCCUCGGCCUCCACCGCACCGGGUACGGAUCGGAGGAGCGCGCCGCCGUCGUCAUCAGCACCGAGCUGGGUCUCGGGAAGCACAAACAUCUGGAGGGGGGCAUGAAGCACAAGCUGCUCAAGGAUGUUUCCAAAAUGAUGACUUCAGGAUCGAACGGCAUUUCCGGCGAGAGAUCUAGCAGAUCAAAGUCCAGGAAUCUUUCUGCCAAAUCAAAAGCAGAGAUCAAGGGUGAUUUCGCAAAAAACAGAGGACCUCAUACGCAGAGAAGAUAUCAGCUGAAGGACUUGUCGAGGAGAUCAAUGGGUACUACUGUUGAUGGGAAGGAGAAUCAAGGUCAGGAAGUAGUACAAGAGGAGAACCCCAAGUCCUGUGAACUUGAAUAUGGAAGUUACUGCCUCUGGUCUGUUGAGCAUAAAGAAGAGAUGAAAGAUGCUAUUGUGAAGAGGCUUAAAGAUCAACUUUUUAUGGCAAGAGCCCAUUAUCCUAGUAUUGCAAAACUGAAGCACCAGGAAAGAUUUACACGUGAGUUGAAGCAAAAUAUCCAAGAACAUGAACGCAUGCUCAGUGACACCAUUGCAGAUGCUGACCUUCCACCAUUUUUCACGAAGAAGCUAGAGAAAAUGGAGCACAUAAUUGAAAGAGCCAAGUCUUGUGAAGUAGGCUGCUCCAAUGUUGAACGGAAACUUAGGCAGCUACUCGAUAUAACUGAAGAUGAAGCUUAUUUCCAUACAAGACAGAGUGCAUUUCUCUAUCAUCUCGGGGUUCAGACUAUGCCAAAAACUCACCAUUGCUUAAGCAUGAGAUUGACAGUAGAGUAUUUCAAAUCAGCAUCUCUUCGCAGAGAACUGUUAAAUGAGCAGACACUUGAAGACCCUGCCUUUUUUCACUACGUAAUGUUCUCCAGGAAUGUACUUGCAGCUUCUACUACUAUCAAUUCAACAGCCAUGAACUCAAAGGAUUCUGGCAGCGUUAUUUUUCAUCUAUUCACCGACACGCAGAACUUUUAUGCAAUGAAGCAUUGGUUUGACAGAAAUUCAUAUUUAGAGGCUAUUGUUCAUGUGAUAAACAUUGACAAUCACAACAAGCUCUCAAAGAAUGUUGAAUCUAUUGAGAGUCAACAAUUAUGGCCUACAGAGGAAUUCCGUGUCACGUUUAGUAAUCAUUCUCAACCUUUCCAGAGGCAGAUUAAAACUGAGUAUAUAUCUGUUUUUGGCCAUUCACAUUUCCUCUUGCCACAUCUUCUUCCUAACUUGAAUAGAGUUGUUGUUCUAGAUGAUGACUUGGUUGUCCAGAAAGACUUGUCAUCUCUUUGGAACCUCAAUAUGGGAGAUAAAGUGAUAGGUGCUGUACAGUUCUGUGGAGUCAGAUUAGGUCAGUUGAGAGCUUAUAUAGAGGAACCUAAUUUCAACACCGAUUCAUGUGUGUGGUUCUCUGGUCUGAAUGUAAUUGAAUUGGAAAAAUGGAGGGACCUUGGCAUUACAAGUUUACAUGGUCAAUUGCUUCAAAAGGACAUUUCGGUAUCACAUAGACUUAAGGCACUCCCUAGAGGUUUACUUGCCUUUCAAGACCUGAUAUAUCCUCUGAAAGAUUCUUGGGUUCAAUCAGGUCUUGGGUAUGACUAUGGAAUUAGCCGUAUUGAUAUAGAAAAGGCGGCUACUCUACACUACAAUGGUGUCAUGAAACCUUGGCUUGAUUUGGGAAUACACGAUUACAAGAACUACUGGAGAAAGUAUAUGACUAAUGGGGAGAGGUUCAUGGCAGAAUGCAAUAUACAUUAGCAGCAGCAAAAUGAGAUGUAGCACACACUGCAUAGUCGGCAUUGGUGGGAAUUGGAAGCAGCAAACACCAUGAACUUGCUUCAGCAAAGAGAUAUUUUUUAUGAGAAACUGGAUGCAGCAUUUAUGAUGAUCCAAGUACACCUCAAAGGACCAGGGUGGCAUUGCGUCAACCCAGAAAGAAAAAUAAGAUGAAAUGCUUCUGGGCCAAAACACUGCAAGUUUUACAGCUAGGAAGUCAGCUGCACAUCAGCAUGCAACCUGUUUAUUAUAGAGUCAAAUGAGUUUCUUCAUUGGAGCAUGGAACUGCAAAAGUGCAGUUCUUUGCUGAUCAUUUUUUGUAUAAAUUCUUCUGUGUUAUUCUUUUUGCCCAAUGUGCAAGAGCUACACUGAGGCAUGCCGAUGUUGAGUGUGGCACGGCAUGUACAGAGAACAAAUGCCUCAGCCUGCAGCGAUUUAGUUGUCAUUCUUCGCCUCAAGGACGACUGUUGUUAUUGUGGGAUGUUGAUCUCCAUUUAUGACAUGAUAAAUGGAUGUUUGUUUGGCAGAGUAGU